AUGCUGAGGCCAAUGAGGAUGCUGAGAUCUCUGGGCGAAGAGGACGCUGACUGUGAGGAUGCUGAGGACACUGAAGACACUGAGGAUGCUCUCUGUGAGGACACUGAAGACACUGAGGAUGCUGACUGUGAGGAUGCUGAAGACAGUGUGGAUGCUGACUGUGAGGAGGCUGAGGACACUGAGGAUGCUGACUGUGAGGGCGCUGAGAAUGCUGACAGUAAGGACACUGAGGACACUGAGGACACUGAGGAUGCUGUCUGUGAGGACACUGAGGACACUGAGGAUGCUGUCUGUGAGGACACUAAAGACACUGAGGAUGCUGACUGUGCAGACACUGAAGACACUGAGGAUGCUGACUGUGAGGACACUGAGGACACUGAGGAUGCUAUCUGUGAGGAGACUAAAGACACUGAGGAUGCUGACUGUGCAGACACUGAAGACACUGAGGAUGCUGACUACACUGAAGACACUGAGGAUGCUGACUGUGAGGACACUGAAGACACUGAGGAUGCUGACUGUGAGGACACUGAAGACACUGAGGAUGCUGACUGUGAGGACACUGAAGAUGCUGAAGAUGCUGACUGUGCAGACACUGAAGACACUGAAGAUGCUGACUGUGAGGACACUGAAGACACUGAAGAUGCUGACUGUGAGGACACUGAAGACACUGAGGAUGCUGACUGUGAGGACACUGAAGACACUGAAGAUGCUGACUGUGAGGACACUGAAGACACUGAGGAUGCUGACUGUGAGGACACUGAAGACACUGAGGAUGCUGACUGUGAGGAUGCUGAAGACACUGAGGAUGCUGACUGUGAGGACACUGAAGACACUGAGGAUGCUGACUGUGAGGACACUGAAGACACUAAGGAUGCUGACUGUGAGGACACUGAAGACACUGAAUAUGCUGACUGUGAGGACGCUGAAGACACUGAGGAUGCUGACUGUGAGGACACUGAAGACACUGAGGAUGCUGACUGUGAGGACACUGAAGACACUGAAGAUGCUGACUGUGAGGACACUGAAGACACUAAGGAUGCUGACUGUGAGGACACUAAAGACACUGAGGAUGCUGACUGUGAGGACACUGAAGACACUGAGGAUGCUGACUGUGAGGAUGCUGAAGACACUAAGGAUGCUGACUGUGAGGACACUGAAGACACUAAGGAUGCUGACUGUGAGGACACUGAAGAUGCUGACUGUGAGGACACUGAAGACAGUAAGGAUGCUGACUGUGAGUAUGCUGAAGACACAGCAUGCUGA